AUUCUACUCUGGCGCGGCAGUCAGCAACACCACAGUUACCUGCCCACCAAAGUGAACGCGGAAGAUAAGUGCCUGAAUGUCGCUAUGCAAAGCGUCCAUGAUAUUGCUACUUUCUGCAUGGCCAAUGAAGCCUCUCUACACCAGGGAAUCGUGUGGUACGCGACAUACUUUCUGUUCCAGGCAACACUAGUCCUGGAAGCGAACUAUCUCACCAAAGCCACGUCCACGGACCAAACCGACAGACUUGCAUGGCAACACUCAGUCUCCAAGUCACGCGCCUGCUUAAAGACCUUGGCGGAGAAGAGUAGAUCGGCCAAACGGUGUCUGGAGAUGCUCGAUCGCAUCCACAGCCAG